UUCACGUCAAACACGUCAUGUGAAUGACAAAGAUUAGUGUAUUGAUAUUUCUUACUGUAUGUAAUAUUUUUCAUUUAGAGAUCUUAGAAUCUAUAUUGAAGAACAGUCCAACAGGCCCUAAUAAACAUUUGGGUAACUUUAUAUGGAUAGUUAUAAUAUUUACUGCUAGACAAUGGAAGCUUAUGAAAGUGUGUUGCUUGUGAAAAAUGAAGUCUUUGUUUUUAAAAUACCCCCGAGGACGUCUAACAGAGGAUAUAGGGCAGCUGAUUGGAACUUACAAGAGCCACAAUGGACGGGGCGUAUGCGCCUUGUUGCGAAAGGCGAUGAUUUAAUUAUGAAGCUAGAAGAUAAGACAAGCGGUGAAUUGUUUGCAAAAUGCCCCAUCGAUAAAUAUCCGGGGGUGGCACUUGAGGCUGUAACAGACAGUUCAAGAUAUUUUGUUGUAAAAAUACAGGAUGAUAAUGGUCGCAGUGCCUAUAUAGGUCUUGGAUUUGGAGAUAGAUCAGAUUCUUUUGACUUGAAUGUAGCUUUGCAAGAUCACUUUAAGUGGUUGCGGAAGGAACAAGAAGGAGAAGGAACUGCAGACCAACAACAGAUGGAUUUCAGUUUUAAAGAAGGCGAAACAAUUAAGAUUAAUAUGAAAAUAACUAAGAAAGAUGGCAGUGAGGCUAGUCGCCCUCGUCGAGCUGGGGGUGCUAAUGUGGGUGGGCUACUACCUCCACCUCCAGGAGGAUCCAAGCUUCCACCACCACCUUCUCCGCAGCAUGUGCCAACUCCAGCUGGGACCCCAGCUGUGCCUAAUACUGAAUGGGGUGACUUUAACUCAGCUAGUGCUCCGCCCCAACCACCAAAGCCAACAACUCCAGCUAACCAGCAAAACUGGGUGCAGUUCUAAAUGAAAUAAUUUUAUUGUACCUGCAAGAUGCAGAUAGUGCAUUGCACAAUACUUAUGAAUCUUACUUAAAUUAUUUACAUAUCCAUUGAUUGUUUGUAUAUACGCCGGUAUGCCUCUCUAUUACAUGAUUUUAAUUUAAUGUUUUGUGUAUUUCGGCACUUAUUAAUAAAUACAACUCAAUUUUGGUCAUGUUAUAGAUAAAAGUUUGUUAGGCUAUGCAAAGUAUUUUCAUAAAUUCGAUAACGAGACAUUAUUUAUUUAGUUUUGUGCCACACAGUUUCUUUUUUUCUAUUUCAUGCUUCCAACUAUAAUCGUAAUCAUUAACAUAUGUUUUUAAGACUAUAUUAACAUUCCUUCAUUGUUGUUUAAGGGCAAACAAAAUUUGUUGCAUACUUCUUUUGUUAUUUAUUCAUGUUGAAAUUAUUAUUAUUUUUUUUGCAAUUAAUUUUAUUUAAUACAAAAAUCUGUUUAUCAUUCAACACAAUAUGUCUUCAGUAGACAUAUUCAGAUACAUUUGUUUACAAAUCGAAAUUGGAAGUUUCUAAUAAAUAAUAUAUAGUUAUUGUUAAUUAGAUUUGGCUAUACAUCUAAUUGUUAUGAAUGUUAGUAUUAUAUGCAUGUCAUAGACAGGCUUUAUGUAUAUAGCAUGUGAUAGCUGUGUACAAAUGUUUUAUUAAUAGAUCUGUUCUAGCAUUCUGUUUGAAAUGUAUGUACAAAUGUAAUAAAGGAUAGCAGCUA